AUGCCAUCACUUCAUUCAUUGCCCUCAUUUUCCACAACAGUCCUCACUCUCAUCUCUUUCACAAUCCUUUGCUGCCUAAUUUUUUUCUUAAGCUUUAUUGUGCAUAUAGCAUCACUAAAUCUCUCUCUCACUCUCUCAAUCUAGCUAGCACUAUAUGUUUAUGUAUAUAACUUAAUUAAGACACAGUCCUAUAACAACUUGCUUCUAUUUUCUAAUGGAGCUUAAGAACAAUAUAUGGUUCUUCUUGUUUCUCUUUAGUCUUUUCUCUGGCUCUCAAGCCUACACAUUCUAUGUUGGUGGAAAAGAUGGAUGGGUUUUGAACCCUUCGGAGAACUACAAUCAAUGGGCUGGAAGGAACAGGUUCCAAGUCAAUGACAAUCUUGUUUUCAAGUACAAAACUGGCUCAGACUCUGUGUUAGUGGUGAACAAGGAGGAUUAUGACAAAUGCAACAAGAAGAACCCGAUCAAGAAGCUUGAGGAUGGUGAAUCUCAGUUCCAAUUUGAUCGAUCGGGUCCUUUUUACUUCAUCAGCGGCAAAGACGAAAAUUGUGAAAAGGGUCAGAAACUGAUCAUUGUGGUGUUGGCAGAGGAACAACAUCAUAAUCCUUAUCCACCUCAUUUGCCAUAUGUUCCAAUUCCUCCCAAAGCUCCUUAUGUUCCGACACCUCCACAUUCUCCUGCUCCUCCCUAUGUUGUUCCUUCACCUCCAAACGUUCCAACUCCUCCACAAACUCCUUCCCCUGUUUAUAGUCCUCCAAAUGUUCCUUCACCUCCACAAACUCCUCAUGCUCCCUAUGUUCCAACCCCUCCAAAAACACCUUCUCCAACUUACAGUCCUCCAAAUGUUCCUUCACCUCCACAAACUCCUCAUGCUCCCUAUGUUCCAACCCCUCCAACUUACAGUCCUCCAAAUGUUCCUUCACCUCCACAAACUCCCCAUACUCCCUAUGUUCCAAUCCCUCCAAAAACACCUUCUCCAACUUACAGUCCUCCAAAUGUUCCUUCACCUCCAAAAACUCCUCAUCCUCCAUAUGUUCCAACUCCUCCACAAAGUCCUUCCCCUGUUUAUAGUCCUCCAAAUGUUCCUUCACCUCCACAAACUCCCCAUACUCCCUAUGUUCCAAUCCCUCCAAAAACACCUUCUCCUGUUUAUAGUCCACCAAAUGUUCCUUCACCUCCACAAACUCCUCAUGCUCCUUACGUUCCAACCCCUCCAAAAACACCUUCUCCUGUUUAUAGUCCUCCAAAUGUUCCUUCACCUCCACAAACUCCUCAUGCUCCCUACGUUCCAACCCCUCCAAAAACACCUUCUCCUGUUUAUAGUCCUCCAAAUGUACCUACUCCUCCAAAAAAUCCUUCACCUAUUCAUUCUCCACCUUAUGUCCCAACUCCUCCAAAAACACCUUCUCCUGUUUAUAGUCCUCCAAAUGUACCAAGUCCUCCAAAAACUCCUUCACCUAGUCAUAAUCCACCCUAUGUUCCAACCCCUCCAAAAACCCCUUCUCCUAGCUACAGUCCUCCUAAUGUACCAAAUCCACCAAAAGCUCCUUCCCCUCGCAGUUACCCUCCACAUACACCAAUUCCUCCAAAAACUCCCUCUCCUAUCUCUCAACCUCCUUAUGUUCCAACACCACCAAAAACUCCUUCACCUGUUUAUAGUCCUCCCAGUAUUCCUACUCCUCCAAAAACUCCUUCCCCUGGCAAUCAACCUCCACAUACACCAAUUCCUCCCAAAACCCCUUCUCCUAGCUAUAGUCCUCCUAAUGUUCCUUCUCCUCCGAAAGCUCCUUCCCCAAACAAUCAUCCUCCAUAUACCCCAACACCUCCAAAAACUCCUUCCCCAACAUCUCAACCACCUUACAUUCCAUUACCUCCUAAAACCCCUUCUCCAAUUUCUCAACCUCCACAUGUCCCAACACCUCCAAGCACUCCUUCCCCAAUAUCUCAACCUCCUUACACUCCAACACCUCCAAAAACCCCUUCUCCCACUUCUCAACCUCCACACACUCCAACACCUCCAAACACUCCUUCCCCAAUAUCUCAGCCUCCAUACACUCCCACACCUCCAAAAACCCCUUCUCCGACUAACCAACCUCCACACAUUCCAUCACCUCCAAACUCUUCUUCCCCAACAUCUCAACCACCAAACACUCCAUCACCUCCAAAAACUCCUUCCCCAACUUCUCAACCUCCAAACACCCAUUCCCCAACAUCUCAGCCACCUUACACUCCUGCACCCAUAAAACCCCCUUCUCCUACUUCCCAACCUCCAUACAUCGCUACACCUCCAAACACACAUUCCCCAACAUCUCAACCACCCAACACUCAAACACCUGCAAACACUCCUUCUCCAUCUUCUCAGCCACCCUAUCUCUCAACUCCACCAAAAUCCAAUUCCCCAACCUCUCAACCCCCAGUAGCACAAACACCUAGAGCUGUAACACCAAUUUCAUCGCCAUCAUCUUCACCAACAUCAAAUUCUCCGUAUCCAUCCACCAACCCACCAUCUCUGGCACCUUCUAUUUCAACUUCACCUCCGGCCCUCACUCCGGCAAGCACUCCGGUUCCGGCCACAGCAUCCCCACCAUCACAGUCCCCAUCGGCAGAAUCCCCUGGGGCGUCCCUUCCGGCAGCGACAACUCCAUCACCGUCGUCCACAACACCGAGGUCGACCCAAACACCGUCGUCGAACAACGAAACGACACCAGCUCAGCGAAAUGGCGCGUCCUCUGCAACUCCAUCAGGGUUAUGGUUUUAUGCCUUUACAAUUUUUGUUACUGUCACUCUCACUACGAUUGUUGGGUAGAAAAUGAGUAUUUAAAUUUUAAUAUGUAUAAUUUUGUAGCUUCAAAAAAUAAUAAUGUAUAAUUUUGUAAACAUUUCUAUUUUUUAAAGGAUAUAUAUAGGAGAUAUUAUUCUCAUAAAUAAUUGUAUGUAUAAGUUUCCUAUUUGAGUUUACACUUUACAAUUUGCCUUGGAAUUGAAUUGGACCAUGAAAUUCUUCA